CUAGGAGUUUCAGGAAAAAAUCCCAUAAAUAAACAUCAUGUCUUACGGUGACUUUGGCAUAUUCGAUUAGGAUCACUUUUCUUCAAUCCAACCGAUCGUUGCCACUGUCGUCUGCUUGUCGACAGUAGCUAAGCAAAGGGGCAAAGGGUUGUCAAAAACAAUUUGUUUUCACUUGGUUCAUAAAUAUUUGUUUCAUAUUUCAAGAUGAAUAUACGAUGCGCCAGGCCAGAAGACUUGAUGAACAUGCAGCAUUGCAAUCUCCUUUGCUUACCAGAAAACUACCAAAUGAAGUACUUUUUCUAUCAUGGUCUUUCCUGGCCUCAACUCAGCUAUGUUGCAGAAGAUGAAAAAGGACAUAUUGUUGGGUGCAGUGCAGCUUUAAAAUGUUUUCUAAUAAUGCAAACAUGUACUAACCAUGUGCUUUUACAUAGGUAUGUUUUAGCUAAAAUGGAAGAAGACAGUGAGGAUGAACCUCACGGCCACAUCACAUCGCUUGCAGUGAAACGUUCCCAUAGGCGAUUGGGAUUGGCUCAAAAGCUAAUGGACCAGGCAUCCAGAUCUAUGAUUGAAUGUUUCAAUGCAAAAUAUGUGUCCCUUCAUGUAAGGAAAAGUAACCGAGCAGCACUUAAUCUCUACACCAAUACCCUGAAAUUCUCGAUAUCUGAAAUCGAGCCAAAGUACUAUGCUGACGGAGAAGAUGCUUACGCAAUGAAGCGUGAUUUAGUAUCGUUUUCACAGCAAAACGAUACGCUACCGGCAGACGCGACUACAUUCUACGAGACUAAGACGCCCGAAGAACGCAAGCGCCUAGCCGCGAUUGCUCAAGAAAACAGAAAUAUGGAAGAAUGAAAAAAAGAUAGGAACGACAAGAAAUUGAAUUGACGGUUAAGCUGAACAUGUUUAAGACGAAAUUGUCGUGAAUACAGAUCACUACACCAAUUGAA